GGCUCACCUGGCCGGCCCGGGAGUUGGAUUUCAGGGUGUGGCCUCAGGUGGGAAACGGCGGCCAGGAGCUCCAUGGCCCCAGGGGUGACCCUGUGGUCCCAAUGCUUUCAAACCGCACAAGCCCGGAUCCCGACCCGGCGCCUUCCAGCCCUGACCCGGCCGCGAUCCCCGCGGGCAAAGGCCAGACCUGGGCUUGUUCUCUGGGCGCCGGCUGCGUGUAAUUCGUGCAUUUUUAUCUUGCCGCGCAACAGCACGCCGUGGAACGCAGGAUCCACUUCUCCCGCAGCCCAAGCUGGAGGCCUGAAGCCCGGAACCGCGGCCCGCCUGCCCGAACUGGACAGUCACGGACGGACACUGGCCCGGGGUGGCUUCCCCGUGCAGGCAGGAGUGCAGGACUUAAAGGGGUUUCCAGUUCGCACCUGGCUUGGUCCUGAAGGCUCUGUGGUCUCAAGAUUCCAGGGGAGAGAAAGCUUUUCAGCACCCAGAAUCGAGAGGGCUGUAUGCUGUCUGAAUGCUGAGGGGACUGUGGCUUGGAAAUCCAGGACAUCUGGAACCCAAAUGGCUGCUUUCAGGCCUCCUUCCUGUGGAUGCCUCGGCCCUCCUGACAACAGAAGUAAUGGUGCCUGCCCAUUACUGAACAUAUCCUGCGGGCCAGGCCCUGGGCUGAGCUGUUGACACAUACUUUCUCACUCCAUCUUUAUAAUCACCUUGGGAUGGAUACACUACAGUGUUAUGUGAUGAGGAAAGUGAGGCACACAGUGGUUAAGGUCUCAUACUUCCUGCUACACCAAAUAUUUGGGUUCUGUAUUCCCCCAGUCUUAUCUGGUCCCCAAUGUGAAGAGGGUAUUAGGAGGUAGGGUCUCAGAGGUGAUUAGCACAUGAAGACAGACCUCCUUGUAACAACCCUGGCAAGAGAGAAGGUAUUCGAAAGAGAGAUACUUGUGCCCUCCCUUGAGCUAUCAGACUGCCAGACCAUGGACCCCAAAGAAUUAAAAGUUCUCCAGGAGUCCCAUGGUGGGGAAGCCUGCCCGAGGAGGAAGAACUCUUACACUUCUGAAGACUUACGGACCACCUUGCAGGAUAGACAGAGUGGAGACAAUGAUGGCUCCAUGGUGGGUGAGAACACAACGUCCAGGGCUGCUUAAUUAUGCGUAACCUUUGUCCUCUAUUGAAACCUAAACCUCGAUCAGCCCCCCUGAAGGUGGGCUUGGAGUUCAUUGGGUCCCAUUUUUUUUUUCCCCAAGAUAGGGUCUCACUC